GUAGUAGUUAUUUGUAUUCUGCUGUUCCACCAGCUAAAAAUACAGGAGGGAAAGCAGAGCAAGAGAGAAAAGGCGUGAGAGAGAGAGAGAGAGAGCGAGAGAGGAAUGGAGAGGGAGAAGGAAAUGAAUCAGUCCAAAUUCAAGAGGAUUUGUGUCUUCUGCGGGAGUAGCCAGGGGAAGAAGAGAAGCUACCAGGAUGCUGCCAUCGAGCUUGGCAAGGAGCUGGUGUCGAGGAACAUUGAUCUGGUGUACGGCGGAGGGAGUGUUGGCUUAAUGGGUCUGGUUUCUCAAGCUGUGUAUGAUGGUGGGAGGCAUGUGAUAGGAGUUAUUCCCAAGACUCUCAUGCCUCCAGAGAUAACUGGUGAGACUGUGGGAGAGGUGAAGCCAGUUGCAGAUAUGCACCAGAGAAAGGCAGAGAUGGCCAGACAGUCUGAUGCCUUUAUUGCCUUGCCUGGAGGUUAUGGAACUCUUGAAGAGUUGCUUGAAGUGAUUGCAUGGGCUCAACUGGGAAUACACGACAAGCCGGUGGGAUUGCUGAACGUAGAUGGCUACUACAACUCAUUGUUAUCUUUCAUCGACAAAGCUGUGGAGGAAGGUUUCAUCAUGCCAAGCGCCCGCCAUAUCAUCGUUUCAGCUCCAACAGCAAAGGAAUUGGUGAAGAAAUUAGAGGUAUACUUCCCUCGUCAUGAAAGAGUUGCUCCCAAGCCGAACUGGGAGAUGGAGCAUCUGGGACACUGCCAGAAAUGUGAUGUUUCUAGAUAGGUAGAAGGAAGUUUGGGCAAGCUUUGGAAGGCAUUAAACCACAUUUUGGUAGGGUGUUAGGGGCAGGUUGAAAUGACCAAAACUUUGUUGUAUGAGAUAAUGCUUAGUGUUUCUUGUUUCUUUCUUUCUUUCUUCUUCUUCUUUUGUAAUUAUCACAAGGCACCUCAACAUGGAAACAGUUCCUUCAACUUUUCUUAAGUAGAAAUUAUGGUUUUGUCUAUGUUCAAA